UUGGGCAUAGUUUUGUGAGAAGCCUGCUUUCAACAUGGACCAAGAAGUGGUGGGGUACAUCGUCCUUCUGGUCAUCGUCACUCUUUUAAGUGUCGUGCAAAAUGCCUUUUUUGCAAGCAAGGUUGAACAGGAAAGCAAGAACAGUACUGGCAAAAUUGUUCAGCGGGGUGGUUCAUCUGCCUUUGAGCGGGUCUUUACUGCCAGCCAAAACUGCAGAGACGCCUAUCCAACAUUUCUUGCCGUACUUUGGUGUGCUGGCUUGCUGUGUAGCCAAGCUCCUGCUGCCUUUGCUGGACUGAUGUACUUGUUUGUGAGACAGAAAUACUUCAUUGGCUACAUGGGGGAAAGGACUCAGAGCACUCCUGGCUACAUUUUUGGAAAACGCAUCAUCUUGUUCCUGUUCCUGAUGUCUGUUGCUGGAGUUCUCAACUAUUACCUGGGUGUCUUAUUUGGAAGUGACUUUCAAAUAUAUAUAAAAACCGUAACUGGUACCAUCUCCCCACUCUUACUAAUUCCGUAAAUCUGUGCAGAAAGGGAGGUGGCAGAGAAUGGAGGAGGUCAGCGUGCUUAGCCAAUCAAUAUCCAGAAGCAGAUGUUUGAAAUGAACCUACAAAGCUUCUUUUAGAUUGCCAUAAAUCUAGAGCUCUUUGGGACUCUGUUGUACUGGUUUAACAGUUUUUUCCUAUGAGAAAAUGAUUUAUUCUGCACAGUUGGCAUGUCUUGGGAAGAAGAGUAAUAUGUUAUAUAUUCCUGUAAACUUCUAUAAAUGAGUCUGGGUGCAGAAUUCUGAUGUGCAAGGAAAAAUUUCUUUGCCAUCCCUAAAAUGUGUUUUUUACAAGAUACAAACACACUGCCUGGUUUUUGCAAUGUUCAUGAAUUCCUAUGGCAGUUUAUAGAAUUCAGAUUCCCAUCUGUGUCAAUAUAUUUAUGUGAAGAUAUAGGGCCGGGGGCUUGGCAGUUGUUUAUUGCUAUCACAUUUGCUUAAUAUAUAUAAAAAUUAAGCCUGUGGAGUACCAUUCUCUCCCUGCUUUCUUUUGGAGUAUUCUGGUUUUAAAAAUAAAGCUAUUUACAGUGA